CAUCACGCCAGACUAGGGGUCGAGUGUAGUGAGCAUGUAUUUAUUAACACAUCCCCAGUGUGCACCCUGAGCCGGUGUAUUGCACACAGUCAGCGUGUGGUGUUGAUGUUUUAUCGCCGUCUUUUACAUUAACGUUAAUAUAAUGACGCCAAUUAAACAAACGACCUCCCGUCGGAUUUGAUGUCUCCACGACUGCAGCCUUGAGAGAGGGGAAAGUGGUGAAGAUGCUGCGUGGGGUUUAAUAGAGAGCAGCAUGGACGAGGCUGCCAGCCAGCUGGAGAGAGACCAUGUUCACAGCGUGUACGAGAGGAUCGCACCCUACUUCAACGACAGCCGCUACAAAGCUUGGCCCAAGGUCAAACAGUUCCUGCUACAGCAGGAGCCCGGCAGCAUCGUGGCGGAUGUCGGAUGUGGCAAUGGCAAAUAUCUACACAUCAAUGAGGAUAUCUUCAAGUUGGGCUGUGACGUGUGUCGGCCGUUGGUGGACUCUGCGUGGAGUCGAGGUCACGAGGUGCAGCUUUGUGAUGGCCUGCGUUUGCCCUACAGAGACGGCUGUUUUGAUGCAGUGCUUUCCAUUGCAGUCAUCCACCACAUGUCCACCAAAGAACGGCGUAUCCGAGCAAUAAAAGAGAUGGCACGCACCCUGCGUGUGGGAGGGCGGAUCAUGAUUUCCGUUUGGGCCAUGGAGCAGAAGAGGCGCAAGUUUGAGAAGCAAGACAUCUUUGUUCCCUGGAACCCCAAUCCCCCUUUAUCUCCUGCCUUAAGACAGCGAGGCAUUGGAACCCAAAGCAUCAGUGACGGCACCGCUUCCAGCGACAAGCACAGGAAAGUGAAAAGCACAUCCUCUAUGUUGGACAAGGGUGAAUCAAUCGGCCCCAGCCAGCAGAAAAAACAGAGGCUUUGGUUCUUCUCCAGGUCUUUAGAUUCGGUGCUGGACUUCACCAGCCUGACCAUGUCCCGUUCCUCUUCCAGCUCUAUACAAACCCCUGUCGAUGAAGCAACGGAAAGCAGAAGCCGGCGAACUAGUAGUAGAGGUCUCAUCAGGCAGAUGUCCAGCCUUUUUUCAUCCUCUUCCAGAACCAGUCUAGAAGAAGACGUCUUCAUUUCAGAUCCCAUUGUACAGGUCCAUAAAAAUGACAACAGAAGUUCUGGGAAUGGAAAUGAGACUGCUCCUGUGGAGCUUGUCCAUGAUUGUUCCUCAGUACCACUGCCCGACUUGGUCUCCUAUCAGAGGGAUCAGUCAACUCUUGAAGGACACGUGGAGGUAGAUGGUAAAUCGAGCCUAAAAGAGCCCUUGCAGAGGCAGGAUAGCACAGCGUCUCUUUUGGAAAGGGAUGAGUUGAAAGGACGGAGCAGCGAACAGCUUAAGGACUCUUGUCUGAGGUACUACCACGUAUUCAGGGAAGGAGAACUGACACAGUUGAUCCAAAACCAUGUUGAUGAGCUCCAUGUUCUGCACACUUACUUGGACCAUGCCAAUUGGUGCGUGGUGGCUGAGAAGGUCCAAGUCUGGAAGGUUUAAAUCUCAUUUUAUAUGUCUGUUUUAAUUUAUAACCUUUUUUUAAUGUCUUUAAAAGAUUUAGUUUGAGAUUUUAAGUAUUGGGACCAGAGAGCUAAUAUUAAACAUUAGCUGUUCAGUAUCAAUGGCAAUAACAAGCAAGGUAUUGAUGCUUUGACGAGACCAGUUUUGGUUCAAAUCGUAAAACACUAAGGCUAGUAGUACUUUGAAAUUUGCUUAAUUUAGCUUUAGUCUCCAUUCUUUGUGAUGUCUUAGUUUUGAGUUGAAAAUAAUUGACUUGACUUAACUUGCACUGAUUUUAAUGGUGUAUCACUGUUAAGCAAUGUCUGCCUGAAACAGAAAGCAUAUACAGUAGCACAUCAUUUUUUUGAACCAAACGAUGAGAGCACAUACCUAGUGUUUUCUUAUUGGACACUCUUCAGGAGUUUGUCUGUGUGUUGUGUUGUAUGGUUAGUAUUAGCCUUUGUGUUGUGGUCUGAAGCUUUUAA